UUUUGUGGGUCUAGGUCUUCGACAAGUGUCUCAGCUGUGAUGAUUAGUGUUUCAAUAAAAGUAUGUUGCUUUCAGAGCAUAAAAUAGUUAUGGUUGGUUUGGACAACGCCGGGAAGACAACGAUAUUGUAUCAGUUCCUGAUGAAUGAGGUUGUCCACACGUCUCCGACCAUCGGAUCCAACGUUGAGGAAGUCGUUUGGAAGAACAUUCAUUUUAUCAUGUGGGAUCUGGGUGGUCAACAGAGUCUAAGGGCCGCCUGGUCCACCUACUACACGAACACCGAGUUUAUCAUUAUGGUGAUAGACAGCACCGACCGGGAGCGGCUCGGCAUGAUUAGGGAGGAGCUCUAUUCGAUGCUGAACCACGAGGAGUUGAGCAAGGCCAACGUUCUGGUUUACGCCAACAAGCAAGACUUAAAGGGCAGCAUGACCGCGGCUGAGAUUUCAAGGCAGUUGGAUCUGACGUCUAUCAAAAAGCACCAGUGGCAUAUACAGAGCUGUUGCGCCCUCACGGGAGAGGGGUAAGUCGGCCUUCUUGCGCGAUUGUGC